AUGGGUCUUUGUUGCUUAUCAAGUUCCACACCAGGAUUUAUACCAAUGGUACUAGGAGCUCUGCUCGUAGGUUUUUCUAUUUACUACUUUAUUCGUAGACAUGGGCUUUAUCUCCAGAAAACCAACUAUGUAUUGAAAGGUGAUGGAGCAUGGGAAGAGGUCACACUGUAUAAAGUCCAAAAAGAAGCACAUAAUGUCAAAAGAUUUAUCUUCAAAUUACCUGAAGAUAUGACUCUAGGUUUGCCAUUAUGUGGUAAUAUUUUAACUAAGUUUGUUACAGAGAAGGGUUACAAUGUUGUUAGACCAUAUACACCAAUUAGUGACAUACACGCGAAGGGUUCUUUUGAAUUAUGUAUCAAGCGUUAUCCAGAUGGGAAAAUGGGUACUCAUAUGCAUUCAUUAAAGCCAGGAGAUAAACUUUCAAUUAAAGGACCUAUCAAGAAAUGGCCAUGGAAACCAAAUCAAUUCAAGGAGAUUACUUUAUUAGGUGCAGGUUCUGGUACCACUCCAUUGUAUCAAUUAGCUUCUCAUGUUGUUAAGAACCGUAAGGAUAAGACGAAAGUUAAUGUUUAUUAUGGUAAUAAGACUGUAGGUGAUAUUCUUUUGAAAAAGGAAUGGAAAGAGUUAGAAGAACAGCAUCCAGGCCAAAUUAAUGUUCAAUUCUUUGUUAAUGAAGUCUCUGGUGAAGGAAAGGACAAAUUUAACGGUCAUGUGGGAUUCAUUACUAAGGACUACAUCAAAAACCAUGCCGCAGGUCCAGAUCAAAAGACUCAUAUUUUCAUUUGUGGACCAUCAGGGUUUAUGAAAGCAUUUUCUGGGGAAAAGUCAAAUUCAAAGGAGCAAGGUCCAUUAACAGGUAUCUUAAAGGAGUUGGGUUACUCUGCAGAUCAAGUCUUCAAAUAUUGA